UUACCAGGGAAACGGUUUACGAGGCUGGAAGACGCUAGGAGACUGUGGAAGGCAGCAGCAGAUAGGCUAACGGGUAUCAUGCUAGCAGGCUAAUGGGAUCCACAGCGAUCUUAAAUUUUUAAAACAGUCGUUCACCUUAAAUAUUAAACGUUACGCUCUGCGGUUGAUUUGCGGUUACCCUCCCCCCUCCGUCUGCCGGAGUGAGAGCAAGCAUGGCAGCAGCGGUGUCCCGCUAGUCGCGUCUCGUUAGCAGCUUAGCACGCUAUCUGGCGAGCUAAUCAGAAUUGUAUACCAAUCACAGUUUCUCCCUGAGCACCGGUCUCGGCGAGGCCGCUCGACAGUGGAUGAGCUCGGGUCCAGGGAUAAAACGAGGACUGCGGCUGCCGACCAGGAUGGAUGUGAGUUAACAGCUGGAGUACUGGGACGGUGUGGCCCAGAUCUGUGGAUCUCUGGUUUACCCAAGAGCAGCCCCCUUCCCCUGGGACAAGGGGGACGGCAAAGCUUCACGCCGCUGCUCAGGCCCGGGCUCCGGGAUGAGAUGAGGCUCGGGUACCGGUUAACCAGCUCAAACUCAUUGAUCAUGAAGCGGCUCUUUAUGCAGCUUCAGCCUGCGGUUACUCUCUCGCUCAUGUGAUGGAGACCACGCUCUGUGCCUGACAACAAACGGCAGCUCUUUGAUGCUGGAUGCGCGUUCGGGAUGGAUGUGUGCUGUAGGAACCCGAACCGGACGGCGCCGGUCGGUGAGGACGGCCCACGGCGAGCUGACGUGCUGCUCUGCUCUCGGACCAACGGUUGGAGCUGGCCUCCGCACCCCUUCCAGCUGCUCGCCUGGCUGCUCUACAUCUACUUUGCCGUCACCGGGUUCGGCAUAUUCGUCCCCCUGCUGCCUGCACAUUGGAUCCCUGCGGGCUACAUCUGUACGGGCAUCAUGUUUGUGUGUCACCUGUUUGUCCACGUCAUGGCCGUGUCCAUCGAUCCAGCCGACUACAAUGUCAGAGCGAAGAGCGUCCGAGGCCCGGUCCCCGUGUUCGACCGCUCCAAACACGCGCACGUCAUCGAGAACUGCCACUGCUACCUGUGCCAGGUCGAAGUGGGACCGAAGUCGAAACAUUGUAGCGCCUGUAACAAGUGUGUGGCGAACUUCGACCAUCACUGCCGGUGGCUCAACAACUGUGUGGGCAGCAGGAACUAUAAGUUGUUCCUCCACAGUGUGAUCUCAGCUCUUUUGGGAGUUUGUCUCAUUCUUGUUGUUGCCUCCUACGUCUUCAUCGAGUUCUUUCUGGACCCCACUAAACUCCGCACCGACAAACACUUUCUGGUGAGGAAUGAGACAGGUGUGUGGUUCGUCUUCCUGCCCGUCGCGCCUCUCCGGUCAGCUGCACCGGUGAUUCCCGUCCUGGCUGCCAUCACAAUCGCUCUGGGUCUUCUGUCCUGCGUGUUGCUCUGCCACUUGCUUUGUUUCCACAUCUACCUGAUGUGGAACAGGCUCAGUACGUACGAGUACAUAGUGAGGCAGCGCCACCGUGUGGACAACAGAGACUUGAGGAAACCGGGAUCUGUGAAAGAGACGGCAGCUCCUUCAGUCCUCAAGGAUGUGAACUACUCAGGGACUCUGGGUUACACCAACCCUCAGCUGGACGUGCAGGAACCUACUGCUGUGGCCGUGCGAGGAGAGGCAGAGUUCCUUGCUAAUGGUAGAGUGAGGACUAUGUCCAGUCCUGUCAUGGAGGAAGAAGCUCCGCCCACUGUCUCUUCAGAGAUGAAAGCCAUAGCGGCACACACACAUCGACACACACAGAAGAAAAAGAAGAAGAAGGUACGUAAAGUCCCAGCAGAGGUGACCAGAGAGCGCUGCCCAGCCACAGCCCCGCCUCCCGCAGAGCCCAGCAAUGUGUCCACUGUGUCCUUGGGUCAGCGGCUUCCUUUCCCAGCAUUCCCCCUGAGGGCCACGCUGCCCCCCCUGGCCCCCACUUCAGGCCCCGUCCAGGCUGCCGCCCCUCCCGCCGAGUACCACUCAGAUUCUGCUGAGUCUCUGGAGGAGAUCCCGGUGGCGUUGGCCAAACUGGGCUCUUCGGCCUCUGCUGCUACAGCAGACGCGUCUUCACACAGGCCUGUCCCGGCAUUCCCUCUGCCCUCACCACAGCCCAGGACUAAAAGGAAGGGCGCCUCCUCCCGCGCUAAGAACGCGGCAGAGCUGAGGUUCGAGAUGGCCACCACGCACCCUCCCUCAGUGUUCGUUAGCCGGGCCAGCGGAGAGGCCACUGAGCCCCUAGAGGAAGUCCUCAGCCUGGGCAGGAGGAAGACUGGACUGAGGCCCAGACCCGGGUCCAGACCAGCGUCCCGGGCAUCGCUGGGCUCAGGCGCUCCCUCUUGGAUGGAGCAGUAAUAAAGCAGACUGCUACUCUU